AUUAUUUUAAAAAAAUUUAACCUAACUUUAAACAUUUUUUCUCGUAUUAAAUAUGUUUUCCAUUUAUAUGCAGGAACGGGCUAUGAACGUCGCAUGCUGAAGAGAAUUUUACCCGGUCCACUGCGCGGCGACCCGUGUCUCGUCACCUCGGAAGCGCGCGGAGCACUCCGCCGUGGCCCAUGACAGGUCAAGGCCCUUACAGAGCGACGCGUUGCCCCCAAGCGCUUCCCUUUCCCCCGCAAUAAAUUCGCUCUAACCACUACCGUAGAGUGUGACCAAAGCCAAUAGCCCAAGGGAAGAUCCCAAAAGCGCUUCUUCUGCUUCUUCUCCUUCUUCUUCUCCUCCUCCCCCUCCAUGGAAGUAGAAGCAGAAGCAGAUGCAGCCGCAGCCGCAGAAGAAGACGCUAAGCCCUUACUAUCUCACGAGGAACAUAAUGACCGUAUCAUGGAGGAAUUCGGAGGAGGAUCCUCAUCAUAUUACAAAGAUUUUGAUUGGCGAGCACCUGCCAUUGUAUUGGGAUUUGUGUCCUUGGAAAGCCUGGGUUUCUCUGGUAUUGCAACAAACCUAGUAAUAUAUCUUAGUCGCAUCCUUUGUGAAAACAAUGCCUCGAUUGCAACGAGUAUCACUGCUUGGACCGGAACAAGCUAUUUUACCCCUUUCAUUGGAGCAGUUCUUGCUGACUCAUAUUUCGGAAGUUACCGGAUGAUCUUCUUCUCUUCGUUGAUUUAUCUUGCGGGAAUGAGUGUUAUCACACUGUCCGCCUUAUUGCCAUCGUUGAAGCCUCUUUCAAGCAAUGGAUAUUCAUGUACCUCCGCUAUCGAGGCUCAAAAGCUCCUUUUCUACUCCGGCUUAUACCUUAUAGCUUUUGGCAGUGGUGGAGUCAAGUCGUCAUUACUCCCGUUUGGCGCCAGCCAAUUUGAUGAUGAGAAUCCUACUGAGAGACUAAAGAAGGAAUCCUUCUUUAAUUGGUUCUAUUUCUGCAUCAAUGUUGGCACCCUAAUAUCGAGUACUCUAAUAGUUUGGAUUCAAGAGGAUGUGAGUUGGGCUGUCGGAUAUGGCCUCUCCACUCUUUGCAUUGCUGCAGCUUUAGGAUGUUUUCUUGUAGGAAGAGCUAUUUAUAAGCUAAGAGAGCCAGGAGGGAGCCCACUGAAGAGAAUUCUUCAAGUUAUUGUUGCCUCUUUUCGAAAAGCCAAUCUAAAAGCUCCUGUUGAUGCUGCUUCCCUGUAUGAGGUGCCGGAUGAAAUUUCAAACAUUCAGGGAAAGCAAACAUUACCACAUACAGAGGAUUACAAGUUCUUGGAUAAAGCUGCAAUAAUAUCGGAUUCAGAUUCUGAGGAUGGUCUUAAUGUUAGUUCUUGGAGAUUAUGUACAAUUACUCAAGUGGAAGAAUUGAAGCUGCUUCUAAGGCUAUUCCCAAUCUGGUUAACUAGCAUCGUCUACUCAGUCGCUUACGCCCAAAUGUAUACAACCUUCGUCGAGCAAGGAAGAGCAAUGGAUACGAAGGUAGGAUCCUUCUCCGUCCCUCCUGCCUCACUCUAUGCUUUCGAAGUUGUAAGUGUCAUGUUAUGGGUUUUGCUCUGCAACACAUUGAUUGCUGAUAUAUUGAGAAAUUAUUCCUGUCGACUAUCUCAUUUGAGAAGAAUCGGUGUUGGGUAUUUUCUGAUGAUAUUAGCUUUGGCAAUCGCUGCAACCGUAGAAGGGAAUCGACUAAAGGGGGUCGAGAACGGAAAUCGAAUAAGUAUUUUGUGGCAACUUCCUCAAUACUUUGUUCUCGGCGGGUCAGAGGUGUUUAGUUAUAUUGCACAGCUCGCGUUGUUCUAUGAGCAGGGUCCUGGUACUAUGCGGAGCAUGUGCACAGCUAUAUCCUUGCUCGCAGUUUCCCUGGGGAAUUACUUGAGCUCUGUUGUAAUUAUGGUUGUCAGAUUCGCGACGAAGACUGGCGGAGGGCCGGGAUGGAUCCCGGAUAACUUGGAUGAGGGCCAUCUUGAUUAUUUCUUCUGGUGGUUGGCGGGAGUUUGCGCGGUGAAUUUCAUCUCUUAUCUUGCUUGUGCUCGCAGAUUUAAUCUGAAGGAAGUGAUCGAAUGAACACUUGAAUAGAUAGCACACUGUUGGGCUAAUAUCAUCUUAGUAAUGAAGGUAAUCUGGUGGUGUAAUCUUCUUCUGGUGUUGGGUUUUUACGACUAAAAUUUGUGCCCAUUCAUUUGUUUUCACGGACAUUUAUGCGUCGAUCAUAUGGUUUAAUAACUAUUCUACAUGCGGCUUUUUUAA